AUGGGCAGAGAUACCAGCAGGGCAGAUCUCAGCAGGGCGGAUCUCAGACUUCACAACAUUUACUACAAACCAAAUGUCCACCAAGCCAAUCAUGCAGACACACAAAAGGCCGCCCGCAAUUUGCCAGACCACGUCGAUGCAGUGCGUGAGGGACUUUUGUUUAUGGAAGAGAUGUUACCGGAUGACUGCAAAAAGGUACUUGAGAAAGAGCAUGUUGCGUAUGGCGAUGUGUAUGUCGGACCACGCUGGUGUCUUUGCCCCCCUGAAAAUGCCUUUGUUCAUGUCAAACAUCACGAGCGCAUUCAAGGCCAAUCAAAGUCUUUCGAAAACCUCAAAGAUUGCGAAAACAUUGCCGAGAGUGCACGAAAGAUAGCGGGCGACUCGGUAGAGGAAUGGAUGGCGUUUUGGAAAAGUAAAAUAUUCAUACCAUUCAGUGACGAGGCACUUCAGCAAUCUGGAUUCAGCUCCACAUUAGAUGACUGGUUGAUCUCCGAAAAUAUCUCAUGGAGUAAUUUUGACAACUUCGUGAAAUCAAGUCUUUGGGCGCCCAAGCGUGGACAGCCUAAGCCGGACUUAACUUACGGGUUUCCAAUUCAGAUCUCAACAACAAGCAGCAUGAAAGGAUUUGCGCGAGACGAACUUGCUCAGUCAUUCUCACUUCAAUCUUUGAUGAAACUUGUAGAGCAAGGUAUAGCGUGUGCUCCAACAACUAAGCUCAAGAAAGAAACAGCACUUGUUAGUGGGAGGAGAUGGAAGAACUCUUCUCGAUUGUGUUUUCCUUGGGCCAUUGUGGAAGUCGAGAAAGAUGUUCCAGAUACCGAUGACGUUGCUGAAGAAAGAUGCUUUCGCCGAGCAGCCAAUGCCGCCUCUGCUGCUCUCGAUCUCCAAGCACAAUUAUUUAACAAGGCUCCAGAUGGCUGCUCUUUACAGCCGCCUCCUGUUAUUGCCUUCACAUGCGUCGGUCCCGUUGUCAAGGUUUGGCUCGCAUACCAGGAUAAGUCAAAAGAAUUUGCAAUCCCAAUACAGCGCAUGGUUUGUGUCUGGUCAACGUCGAUUGAAUUGACGUGGGGAGUUGCAUCAUUGCGUGCUAUCAUUAGGAAUAUGCACACAUGGUCCUCACGCCUUUUGAAGCCAAGACUGCAGAUGGCCAUCUCUCAAGUUGUUAAGAUUGUUUACAAAAGUGAACGUAUGGACGCCCAGAGUUCUCUGGACCUUGAGGCUCCCACGCCUACUAUCAAAAAACCAGAAAUCAAUUCCAGGAGCGCCCGGAACAAUCCCCAAGUUAUUUCCCAGCCCCCUUUGCCUGGCUUGUCUGGAUCAGACACCACCAAUAGAGCGGAUAUCGCAAAGGCACCUUCUUCCAAAACUCAUAACGGGAAUGCAAAAUCACCUAAUCUAGCACCCAGAACACAAGAAAACACAAGCAGCCUUUUGAACAGCAAAUCCAUGGAUGAAAUUCGGAAAUCAGGACAGGUCGUACGCAGAUCAGAGAUCAAGAAGGAUCCCAAAGGUGGCGAAAUUUUUGGAUUACCAUUGCCAACGAAAUAUCACUUCAGCAGCGAUAGCAGCAGCAUAGCUUCGACCUCAUUACCGAAACCCAUACCUGAUUCUUCAUUCGAUUCAGUGCUUGAUUCACAACCCAAAGCAUUGUUUUUUGGAUUUGAUUCCAUCAACAACAGUAAAGACCGGUCUUCAAAGAGACCCAGACCACCGAAAAAGGUUGCAUCUAGCAAGACUACACCAAAGGAUGUUGGCAACAAGACCUUUUUGCCGGCAGUCAAAAGCACGGAUGUUUACGAUCUGGUGACUACAUUCGAAUCAACAAAGCUUGAAGUAAUCGAAGAGGACUCUGUUGGGACUGUGAGUGCGACACACUCAAAGCCCGGUCAAAAAAGACAACGAUGA